AUGAACGUGCUUCAUCAUUCGUUUAGCUUGAGCGCUUGUCCCAAAUGUCAUUUACUUGUUUGUCAACAUACCAGUCUUGCUGAUUUGAAUUUUAAUCCAGAUCAACAACAAUCAGUGAAUGAAACAAAUUUAUACUUGUUUCCAAGCGAUGUAGUAGAUAUUCGGUAUAGUUGGACAACGUGUGGCACGGAAUCGAUCGAAAGUACCCAAACCUUAAAAAAUACGGAAGUUAUUCCAUUUGCUAACGAAAGUCGUGUUCAUUCAUCGUCGUCGUCAUCAUCAGCAACAACGUUGGAUCCGCUUCAAUUGGAAGGAAUCACAUCGAAAUUAUCGAUUGAUUUAACAAAAAGUUUAUCCUAUUCAACUUUAUAUGAACCUUCGUCUCAAAUCCAACAUGAAGAUCAUGCGUCAAUCAAAUCUCACUCGAGAAAAUCAUUUUCUAUCUUCAGCUUUCUCAUUCUCUCAUUUCUUUUUACGAAUAUUCUCGAUAUUGUUCUCAUUUACAUCUAUUAUCGUACCAAUUCAUUCUAUUUCUUCAGUUUUCUCAGUACAAUUAUUCUAUGUGAUUUCAUUCUCUGGAUAAACCAUUUGCUUCAGUACAAAACCACUCUAUCGUACCUCCUCUUGAUCCCGUUUAUGAAUCGAUUCUAUUUACUUUACGAACUAAUCGAUUUUCUCACUCUGGCUUUUGAUAAACACGAACAAUUGCAUCGAUCGGAUUCGUUAUCAUCUACAACACUGGAACUUCAACACGAUACAACAUUAAUUCGUUGUUCAAGGAAACAAAAAUUGUAUUAUGAACUGUCGGUAUUCUAUCUCCUUCACACAGGUUUAUUCUCCUUGAUAAAUUUCUAUUUUUGGUCAAACAACUUCGAAUUAUCCAUUCAAUCGUCUAUUCACAUGAACUAUUUUCUCCCACGUUGGUUAUCGAAUGAUGUUUUAUCACCAACAGAAAGCAAUGCACUUCCUGUUCAGUCUCCAACUAGGUAA